AUGACGGUGGCCCCGGCUUGGCCGGGGCACCGCAUCCCCCGGGGCUCCCGACGCCCGAGUCGGGGCGAGCUCCCAGCGGGGGCCGGUUGCCCCGACAACCUUCCUCCUUCCUCCUCCUCCUCCUCCUCGCCCACAUCCUCCUCCCGCCCCAUCCUCUUCCUCGGCCCGGCUUCCGGCCGGGUUCCGCCGGGGACUUUGGUCCAGCCCCGGGUUUCCUGCAUCAAUCAUCAACCAGGGGAGGGAGCGGCCGCCAUCGCCCGGCCCUGCCGCCCUGCAGCCGUAAGAGUCCCCGCCGGGGCCCCCGCGGGCCCCCGCUGCCACCGCCACCGCCACCACCAACCACCGCACCACCCCGCCACCCCCCCCCCCCCGCCAUCGCCAACCCCCGCCAUCGCCAUCGUCACCCCCGCCAUCGUCACCCCCGCCACCGCCACCCCCGGAACCGCCAUGUCCUCGGCCGCCCCGGCCAAGUACCCCUUCAAGAAGCGGGGCAGCCUGCAGGCCCCCAGCCCCGCAGAGCUGCGGGCUGGGCCGGGGUCGCGGCCCCUGCAGUCGGCGCGUUCCCUGCCCGGGACCCCCCAUUGCCUGAAGCAUUUCCCCGUGGACUUGCGCACCUCCAUGGACGGCAAAUACAAGGAGAUCGCGGAGGAGCUGUUCUGCCGCUCGCUGGCCGAGAGCGAGAUGCGGACGGCGCCCUACGAGUUCCCGGAGGAGAGUCCCAUCGAGCAGCUGGAGGAGCGGCGGCAGCGCCUCGAACGCCAGAUCAGCCAGGACGAGAAGCUCAAGCCGGGCUACCUGGAGCAGCUCCCGGGCAAGCUGAAGCUCUUCUCCAACUUCUUGGGGGACAGAAAAUGGUUUGCCGGGGAGAAGCUCACCUUCGUGGACUUCCUCAUGUUUGACGUGCUGGAGCAGAACCGCAUCUUCGAGCCCAAGUGCCUGGAGCCCUUCAAGAACCUCAAGGACUUUAUGGAACGUUUUGGGGCCCUGGAGAAGGUGGCUGCCUACAUGAAGUCCAGCCGCUUCCUGAAGAUGCCCAUCAACAACAAGAUGGCCAAGUGGGGCAACAAGAAGGAGUAG